AUGAGUGAUUUUAUUUAGAUUAUUGCUAUAAUUGCAGGAAUUUAUUUAGCUGCAAAAGCUGUUUUUUUCUUAGCUGGGUUUAAAUCAACUGGAAUCGCUCGAGGAAGCUAUGGUGCUACUAUGAUGUCAAGAGCAGCAGUAGCAAGUGGGGGUGCUGUUUCUUCUGGAUCAAUAGUUGCCAUUUCAUAGAGAUUUGGAACAGGCUUUAGAUUAUCAGAAUUUGCUACUUUUUUUGCAGUAGUAGCAUUAGGCUAUAUUGCAGUGAAACUAUAUUUUUGA